AUGUUCGAGGGACCGCGACCCGACUGUCCGGUGGCCCUCCCGCAUUUGAAGGAGAUGUCCCUCAGCUUCAUGUCCUCCCCAAGCGUCACGAACAUCCUUUCCCUCCUCUUGCUUCCAAGAAUCAAACGCUCAGCAACCUCUUCACGCGCGCAGAGCACAGCGGGUUGUGCACCAUACUCCCCCCGAACUGCAGCAUGGUUCGCGGCCCUCUCCAACUUCCGCGUCAUUGAGGUCUCCGCCCCUUCAGGCCGGAAAUUCUGGUGUAGUACGAAGUCGACAUCCACGCGUACCCCAGCGCAGACGAACCCUUUGCCGAGCCGAGCUUUAAGCUCGAAAUUGUGCCAGGCGAUUUCGGAGCUCCCCAUCGCCAAUGUCGCCGCGGUCCUGAACCUCUCGACCGUCGAGACGUUCAGCACUGAAGACUUGGGCCAGCCUCCUAGGCAGCAUGGUCAAUCUGUGCAGGCUGUGGCUGGGAUGAUGCAUCGGCCUGCCUCCUAUGGAGGGAAACUUUGGGUAGGUCGUAGACGGCGUGAAGAGGUGGUCUGA